UUGAUAAAAGGGCUUACCGAACCCAUCAGCUCAUGUCACUUUGUGAAUUCAAAGUAUGGCAGCACAUGUGCUAGGCGUGGAGAAUCGAGCGGAUUCACUUUGAAAAGCCUCUCUGCAGACUCACAUUCAGAGUUUUCCAACAUUCAAACGAUAGAAAUUCCAUGGAAGAGCAAAUUCGUUACCGAAGUGCUCCAGCCACUGGACGAGUACACUCAAUCCCUCGUUGAACGAAUGGGCCGACUCAUCUCGAUCACCGGCACAGCCUUUGAUUAUGACUACGAUGGUAUCGCUGACGAGAGAUCGAGUCGUUCCCCUUCUCAUCUGUAUCGCAUUCUGAUUGCUUGUUCCGGGCCAUGGUCUCAAGAUAUGACGACCUGUUUACGAUCAUCCGAUUUGAUGGUUCUUUCGUUUAUUUUCCCACAUGUAGAUGGCGACAUCAACUGUUUAGCAAAGGAUGACCUACUUCUGGAAUACACAGCUCGUCUUCUUGACGUUGAACUGAUCUCAGGACUACGACUCACUUUCCCAAAUUUAUUACAUGAACAGACGUUGCGGUUAAAAACACACAUCAAUACGAAGCUGUGGUAG